AUCAAAAUAUCAACACUGGAACAGAUUAUGACGGGACCAUUAUGUGUUUAGAACUCGACGUGAAAACAUCGUGUCUCGGUAUUUUUUUGGGGGGAAAAAGUGUGACUUUGUAAAAGUCGUUAAAUAUUUUUGAGGAUAUUUUAAAAAGUUGGUUUUGAAAAGCAAAAGUGAUUUUUCUUCUCGAAAAAAUGUCGUAAUCAACGGAGAGUGCAUCUUGCGAAAACAAAAAAAAAUGCAAAACUGAUAAGGAAGCAAAAAUUUGGCACAUUGUUUAGAUAAGUUUGUUGUUACUCCGAUAAGUGUGUUACAAUUGGAAGGGUGACACAGUUUUGUGACAAAAGUGACAUCAUUAUUUGGGUCAAAAUUGUUGGAGAUUGAGAAAAAAGCAACAAAUCAUCUUUAAAACAGUGAAAGUGACCCAAAAAACCCAUCAAAAUGGACAUGACCAUAGCGUCGAAGAACCUGCUGAACAACAACCUCCACAGCAACCAUUCGCUGAAUGGUAACGUCAACGGGAACAACAGUAGCGGAAAUGGUCCGGCCGGUGGAGAACACAUCAAGCGGCCGAUGAACGCGUUCAUGGUGUGGUCCCGUGGCCAACGGCGGAAGAUGGCCCAGGACAACCCAAAGAUGCACAACUCGGAAAUCUCGAAGAAUCUGGGCGCCCAGUGGAAGCUGCUGACCGAGGGCGAAAAGAGGCCGUUCAUCGACGAGGCGAAGCGGUUGAGAGCCCUCCACAUGAAGGAACACCCCGACUACAAGUACCGCCCGCGACGGAAGCCCAAAACCCUGGUCAAAUCCCCGGGCGGCCCAGGCAACGGCUCAUCCGGCCCCACUUCCAACUCCUCAUCCUCCCCCGCAUCGUCCUCCUCCUCCGCCGGUUCCGCCAAAGAUUCGCUCCACCACCACCUGCACCACCCGAACCGCUCCCAGUCCCCGCCCGGCAAGUCCUCCCCCUUCAAUCCCGCCUCCCCACUGACGAACCCGCUGGGCCUCCCGCCAGGAAUCUUCCCGCCGUACCACUUUGCCGCCUACGACCUGCACCAGAAGGCCUUCUGGAACCUGUACGGCCCUCAUCUGCUGUCCACGAUGGUGCCGGCGGCCGCCUACCAGGUUCCCUCGCCCCACCCGCUGGCCUUCAUCAAGCCCUCCAAGUCGUCCCCGCCCUCCCCGAUUGCCCCGCCCUCGCCGGGCAUCCCGUCGGCGGGCACAAACGUCAUCUGACCAACACCGCUGCGCUACAGUGCCGAGCAUAGCGUUUAGGACGAACGCCAACCUUUCCAAGUGCGCGGAUGUGUGUGUUUGCACCUCAACUGUUUAUCAUCUUGAACUUGUUUGCUAAAGGUGUGCGCACACAAGCUUGCAAAAGUUGCAUUGAAAAUCUUCGUUUUUUUUUGUUCCUUGUGUGAUAAGCAGGAAGGAACGCUGCUAACUGUGUAAAAAAAUGCAAAAAAAGAAGCAGCACAUAAAUCAAUCUUUAUCAGAUCAUAUCAGUACACAUUAAUGUAUGUAUGUGUGUGUAUGUGCGAAAGCACGUGGAACGAUUCA